AUGCACCGGAGCAUCGUCCUUCUUGUGAUCUGCGUCACUGGCGUAGCAGUCGCUUCCAUUGUGACAGAAACAUGUUAUCCAGACACAUGCGCCGAUCCAGAGAUGGAUACAUUCUUCUCCUAUGGAACAUGUUGCGAUAAUGAGUGUUGCUAUCGUCUCAGAUAUUGGGUUUAUCCAGCCAGUAUCGCAGGCAUAGGAUUCGUGGCUGGUGCAUUCUUCGCUUUAUGCUUUCAAUGUCGCUGA